AUGGAAGCAGAGUUAGACAGGUUAGUGGAGAGUGGAGUUUUGGAACCCGUGAGCACAAGCAAGUGGGCUACACCAAUUGUUCCAGUCAUGAAAAAAGAUGGGGCUCCAAGGAUCUGUGGUGAUUUUAAAGUGACUGUGAACCCUGUCUUGACUGUAGAACAGUAUCCAUUACCCCUCAUCGAUGACCUCUUCUCAGGUUUGGCUGGAGGGCAGAAGUUUAGUAAAAUAGACUUAUGUCAGGCCUAUCUUCAGAUGCAUGUUGAUCCAUAGUCACAGGAACUGUUGACCAUAGUGACACACAAGGGUCUCUACAGAUAUCGGAGGCUCCCUUUUGGGAUAACCUCUAGUCCGGCGCUUUUCCAAAGAGCAAUGGACCAGAUACUAAGUGGGCUUCCGGGGGUCCAGUGCUACUUAGAUGACCUGCUCAUCACUGGACCAGAUGAACAGUAACACUUGAGGAACUUGGAGACAACACUGCAAAAACUGGAGGAAUAUGGUCUGAGAGUCAGGAAAGACAAGUGUGAGUUUUUCCGACCAUCUGUUGAGUACCUGGGGCAUGUGACGGACAGCUUUGGACUCCACAAAGCACCAUCAAAAGUGAAGGCCAUUGUGGAGGCUCCAUCCCCAAAGAACAUGAGUCAGUUGAGAUCAUUCCUGGGCUUGCAAACUGAAGCCGCUGCAUGA